CUGCGGUGACUGACACUUGGGACAUCAAUAAGCGCAAGUGUACACGGCGGGGGACGCGUACGGGCUACGCUACUCGCGGCGGGUUCCGCGGGUUUGGGCCUCAAAACCCGGGCGGAGGUCCCGAUGCGGACGGACGACACGUGGCAGCAUCGGUGAGAUCGCUUCGGAGCGAGGCUACCGGUGAGGAGGCGCGGUGGCCGUCGGAUCAAGAAAACUCGAGUUGGACUAGAAUGCCCCUAGGGCUAGCUAGUUCGCUCCUAAGUAUCUAGGGACAAAUAGGGAAUGUAAAAUAGCCUCUAAAUAAGAGAGGGGCUGCCCCUAAACCACAUAUAUCUCUCUCCCUAGAAAUUUUCUGGUUUUCCUCUCCCGUAGCCCUUCUCCUCCGGUAGUUCUUUUUUCCCUGUAGAGAUGGCCAUGAACUGAAUUUUUGGUGUUGAGGUAUUUAUGUUUUUAAGUUGGGAAUGGAGGCCCUAACCUCCCGUUGUCCUCUGGACUUUAGAUUCUGAGCUGUGUUUGUGCACACUCAUUGCUUGUUCUGGUUCUUCCCUUUCGGUUCCUGUGAUUUCUUUUUGUUGCUGAUUUUUAGCAAUUUCAGUUGAUCCAUGACGAGCAAGGACAUGUGCUGAUCAAAUCCCCGAAGUGGCUUUAGCUAAUUCAGCACGAGCUCAGAGAUCGAUCUGGUUUUCUGUUCUUCUGAGAAAACCCCGUUCUUGCCCCAAAUCCUCCACUUCUCAGAGUUUGGUUUAAUCCUAAGCAAUGAUUUUUAGGAAAUAGAUUCGUUCUUUUGUCAAUUUAAUUUGUGCCAAGUUUGGGAACAUUUCAUGGAGGUUUGGAUGUGUUUUGAUUUAAUUUUUGGCAGCACUUUUCUUUCUGUUCUUGCCUAGCAGCAGCUCUGGUCGUUCGUGUUCAAGGUUGGGGUUACAGGAGCAGCACUACUGACGCCUAGUACUGUGUGCUGUGCUUGCUCCAUUAAGCGGUGCUAAGUGCUUGACCUGGAUUCAAAUCGUUGUUGUUGUGCUCUUCGUUUUUGCUGCUACUGCAGAGAUAGCAGCGGUUUCUCUGGUGCUUGAUUUGGUGGCUCUCGAUGCUAUGCAGAGUAGUGCCUUUGCGUCAUUUGUUUUCUGAAUCCAGUUCGCCCAAGCCCCUGAGUUAGUUUUCGAUUUUCAGUGCUUCUUCUGCUAGUUGCUCGCCCGCAGACAGUCGGCGUUCUCUGCUACGGCUGCGAUCAGGAGACUUUCUCAUCAGUCGUUUUCUGAAGUUUCACGCUCUAGCAAUUCUAUGGUUGGGUAUUCAGAGUUUCAACAAGUGAUGCACCAGUGUGCUCUUCGAAUUUGAUUUCCAGAAGCACUGCUCUCAUCAAUCCUCAUUAAUUCAUGCCAUCUGUGUGUAGUAUUUCUACAGGUAAUUUCUAAACAGCAAGUGCAGCAAUGAAGUUCAAGGUCUUGAGGUGUUCUUCGUUUGUCUGUCUUCUAUUGGUCCUGUGCUAGCAGCUAUUGGUACCUGUGCGUGUGUUCUACUGCAGGUUGGAGAGCAACUCUUCCAUCUGAGCCUUUUUGAGUUGUUGUUUCUGCUCUGUGUGUUGGAGCUCACUGCAGCAAACAGUGGUGUGCUAGUUUGUGCUUCGGUUACAAAAUCCAUAAGCUAGCACUUGUUCUUGGCUUGGAAAAAAAACACUUCAAACACCUUCAGUGUUGUGAGCAGUUCUCUGUUUGUGCAGCAGAAUUUCUGGCUAAGCAAUUUGCCCUAUCUGUGGUUUGUGCAUUUGUGUCUUGAUUCGUGUUCCGUCUGUUACAUUGGUUUUCUAUCGUUCCGAGGAAUCGUUCUAGGUACUCUUGUCACUAGUUGGCCUGGGUACUUUGUUUUGGCAACUCACUUGUGUUUGCGGUGAUUUUGGGACAGUGGCCAAAUAUUUUCGAGAGAAAAUUUGAGGCUCCCAUUUACCCCCCCUCUCGUCGCCGUUUUCGGUCCUUUAAUUGGUAUCAGAGCCGGUUAAGGAUCAUUCCACCUUAAUCGGUCCGUGAUCCACGAAGGCGACAUGGAGCGUGGUUCCGGUAAACCACCGUUCUUCGAUGGAACAAAUUAUCCCUAUUGGAAAAUACGCAUGUCUGCCCAUCUCUAGGGUAUUGAUUGGCUUGUUUGGGAAAUUUGCGAGGAUGCUACUUUCGUUGUGCUUGAACCCCGUGCUCGAACCAUGCAAGAUCAAAAAGAUCGGCACAACGCAAAUAGCAGAGCAAGAUCUGUUCUUUUCUCGAGUCUUUCGCUUCCUGAGUUCGAGCGUGUCUCUGAUUGUGCUACUGCUCGAGAGAUCUGGGUGAGGCUUCAGAGCUAUCACGAGGGUACAGCCCAUGUCAAAACCAGACUCUAUGAGACGUACAAAAGAGAGUACGAGAACUUCUCUCAGCUUGAUGGCGAGUCCAUCGAUGCCCUGUUUUCUCGUUUUCAGACGAUCAUUAACAAGAUGCGAGCAAACAAGGCACAUCUACCUUAUGACGAUCAUGAGAGGGCUCUCAAGCUUCUAUAUGCCCUAGAUCGGAAGGUAUGGGAUGUGAAGGUGUCCGCCAUCAUCGAGUCUUCAAACUACGACACCAUCACUGUGGACGAGCUAUUCAGCAAGCUCAAGUCCACCGAGAUCGACUACCAGACUCAAGCCAAGCUCAAGAAUCCCUCUGCACCGACUAUGGCUUUAGUCUCAGGUAACAGUUCAAGUUCUUCAGCUAACCCUUCACAGAUGUCGUUUGCCUUGUCUUCUUUGGUGUCUGUUUCAGAGGAGCAGUUGGAGACCCUUGGGGAUGACGAGCUGGCGUUGAUCAUCAGCCGGUUCUCGCGGUUCCACAACAACCGCUUGAACCGCCGCCGGGGUGGUGAUCAAAAGGUGGGCUGCUACAACUGUGGAGAUCUCGACCACUUCGUCGCCCACUGCCCCAAGAAGAACAAGCACUCCUCCGACAAGUACGACUCCGGCAAGCGCAAGGACAAGCGCAACUACACCUCCAAGAAGUACAAGUCAAAGAAGGGCUUCGACAAGGAGGCGCUCAAGAAGAUGUACCGCAAGAAAGCCAAGGCACAAGAGCGUGCCUUCCUUGCUUCCCUCAGCGACCUCGACAACGACUCCGGUGAUGACCGCUCCUCUUCUCCCUCGAGUGACAAUGAGUCCGAGAGGAAGAUGGAGGAGAAGCUGACCGGUCUUUGCUUCGUCGCCGACUCCACUCACGGAGGCUUCUGCACCAUGGCGAUUGAUGAAGAGGUGAAGGCUAGCAAGGAUGAGGUCUCCUUCGACGACGACACUUCCGAGAUCGGAGGCCUGGAGAACACGUGGCUUGUUGAUUCUGGUUGUUCACGCCACAUGACCGGAAGUUCAAAAUGGUUCUCCAGCCUCGACCCCGUGCAAUGUAAGGAAUACAUCACAUUCGGGGACAAUAGCAAAGGUAAGGUGCUUUCUCGUGGGACCAUUUGGGUCAAUGAGAAUUUUGACUUGAAGGAUGUUUCUUUGGUUUCGAAUUUGCAUUUCAAUUUGCUUUCGGUUUCACAACUCCUUCAGGAUGGUUUUGAGGUGCGCUUUAAGACUGGUUUGUCUUGAGUUCUUGAUUCUCAGGGAAAUCUUGUUUGCCAGAUUGUCCUUUUGGUCGUGUCUUUCGAGCUGAUUUUUCUCACUCUUUUGGCUCUUCUCGUUGUCUUGUGGCUGGAUCCUCUUCUGAUCUUUGGAAGUGGCAUAGGAGACUUGGUCAUUUGAGCUUUGACUUACUAGCUAGGUUGAGCUCACUUGACUUAAUCCGAGGAUUGCCCAAAUUGAAAUUUGAGAAGGAUUUGGUUUGUCACCCUUGUCGUCAUGGGAAGAUGGUUGCCGCUUCUCACCCUCCUGUGACUCAGGUCAUGACCAAGGGACCCGGUGAGCUACUUCAUAUGGACACGGUUGGUCCGGCUCGGGUUCGGUCAGAGGGAGGGAAGUGGUACGUUCUAGUGAUCGUGGAUGAUUUUUCUCGCUACUCUUGGGUGUUUUUCAUGGAGGGUAAGGAUGAGGCUUUUUCUCUUGUUCGAGAUUUGAUUCUUCGGUUACAAACUGAGUUGCCUAAGAAUGCCAUGAGAGCUAUACGCAGUGACAAUGGCACAGAAUUCAAAAACACUCAGUUUGAUACCUUCUGUGCUUCUUUGGGUCUCGAGCACCAGUUUUCCUCUCCUUAUGUUCCCCAGCAAAAUGGUGUUGUUGAGCGUAAAAAUCGGACCCUUGUUGAGAUGGCCAGGACGAUGCUUGAUGAGCAUAGGACUCCUAGGAGAUAUUGGGCCGAGGCGAUCAACACCGCCUGUCAUGUCUCCAAUCGCAUUUUUCUUCGAGCCUUCUUGAAAAAGACUUCUUAUGAGUUGCGAUUUGGUAGACUACCCAAGGUAAGUCACUUCAGGGUGUUUGGUUGCAAGUGUUUCAUCUUGAAGCAAGGUAAUUUGGACAAAUUUGAGUCCAGGUCCUCCGACGGUAUUUUUCUUGGUUAUGCUUCUCAUUCUCAUGCAUAUCGUGUACUUAACCUUGAAACUAACCGAGUCGUGGAGACCUGUGAGGUCACAUUCGAUGAGACUAUGCCUUGUUCUUCUCCUGUCUUUGGGUGAUCAGGAGAUUGGUGAGAGCAUCUUUGUUGAGGAUGAUGCAGAAGAUGCCGAUUGGGGUGAUCCCGAGCCGACACCACUGACUGCCCCUCUCGCGUCUUCGACGACUACUUCGGCUGACGGCCCCGAUCCUUCUUAUUCCACUACUUGGGGUCCGAUCGAGCAGCCUCCUCAGCCUACACCGGCUGUCCCUGAGGAGGCCCCAGCUGCAGUUGAGGGGGAGGCGACUUCUUCAAGGGAAGCACCUCGACACAUUCAGCGUCGCCAUCCACCUCAGACCAUGAUUGGUGGAAUUGACCAGCGAGUCACGCGGUCCAGGUCAUAUCACAUCUCACACUUCGCUCAUUCUGCUUUUGUUGCUUCUUUUGAGCCUCGAGAUGUUGGACACGCACUAUCUAAUCCUGAUUGGGUUAAUGCUAUGCAUGAGGAGUUAGAAAAUUUUGAGAGAAACAAGGUUUGGGUUUUAGUACCACUUCCACCAGAUUGCCAUCCCAUAGGUACCAAGUGGGUUUUCAAAAACAAACAGAGUGAAGAUGGGGUGGUGGUGAGGAACAAGGCUAGGUUGGUAGCUCAGAGUUUUUGUCAAAAAAAGGGGAUAGACUAUGAGGAAACCUUUGCCCCUGUUGCCCGUCUAGAAGCCAUUAGGAUCCUUUUAGCUUUUGCAGCUUCAAAAGGGUUCAAGCUAUAUCAGAUGGAUGUGAAGAGUGCUUUCUUGAAUGGGUAUAUAGAGGAAGAGGUUUAUGUGAGACAACCCCCUGGCUUUGAAAAUCCUAAGUUUCCUAACCAUGUUUUUAAACUCCACAAAGCCUUGUAUGGUCUAAAACAAGCCCCGAGAGCCUGGUAUGAGCGUUUGAAAGCCUUCUUGCUUGCAAAGAGUUUUAAAAUGGGUUCUGUUGAUAAAACUUUAUUUCUCCUCAAGCAAGGCACUGACACUCUUUUGGUUCAGAUAUACGUGGAUGAUAUCAUUUUCGGUGGCUCUUCUCAUGCACUUGUUGGCAAGUUUGCAGAAACUAUGAGCAGGGAAUUUGAGAUGAGCAUGAUGGGCGAGUUGACGUUCUUUCUUGGUUUGCAAAUCAAGCAAACUAGAGAAGGGACGUUUGUGCACCAAGGCAAGUACACCAAGGACGUACUCAAGAAAUUUGAUAUGGGCGAGGCCAAGCCUCUCUCGACGCCCAUGUCGAUCACGACGGCCCUAGAUGCAGAUGAAGAAGGAGAAGCUGUGGACCAGAAGGAGUACCGUAGCAUGAUCGGGUCACUGCUGUACCUGACGGCGAUAAGACCGGACAUCAAGUUCGCGGUCUGUCUGUGUGCACGCUUUCAGUCUUCGCCGCGCACAUCUCAUCGUCAAGCCGUCAAGCGGAUCUUGAGGUACCUUCGUUUCACACCUGAGUUUGGUCUUUGGUUUUCAGCUUCCUCCUCUCUUUCUCUUUGCGGCUAUUCUGAUGCGGAUUAUGCCGGCUGUCGUGUUGAGCGCAAGUCCACGUCGGGGACUUGCCAGUUUCUUGGGACUUCUCUUGUGUCUUGGUCCUCUCGCAAGCAAUCCUCUGUUGCUCAAUCCACCACAGAAGCCAAGUAUGUUGCUGCUGCUGCUUGCUGCUCCCAGUUGCUUUGGAUGAUAGCCACUCUGAGAGACUUUGGGUUAGAGUUUAGGCGAGUGCCUUUGCUUUGUGAUAGCACCAGUGCCAUAAGCGUUGCUAAAAACCCAGUUCUCCACUCAAAAACCAAGCAUAUAGAUGUCCGCUUUCACUUCCUGCGUGACCACUAUGAGAAAGGAGAUAUUGACCUACACCAUGUUGAUACCCAAAACCAGCUUGCAGACAUCUUUACCAAACCCCUUGACCAAGCACAGUUUGCUCGCUUGCGAGGGGAGCUUGGUGUUUGUUUCCCUUUUUAGUUAAGGGGAACUUUGGUCUUUGUACUCUAGUUUUGUUUUCUUUUAGUUUAGCUUUUAUUUUAUUUUUGUAUCAUAUUGCAUUGCAUUUUAUCUCAUCAUGUAUAUUAGAGCAUUUUGAGCUUCAUGAUUAUAGUUGUUAGAUUGAGAUUAUGCUUUUUGUGAUAUGUCUUGUAUGUACAUGAUGGUGCUUGUCGCUUAGGCUCCUUUUGAUCACUUGAUGCCUGUUAUGAGCUAAGCAUAUUUUAUAACUUGUGAACUUGACAUAAACUUGUUGAAACCUGAAAAUUGUUCACCAUUGUGAUUGGCAACUAGCAUGUGUAGGAUGUGUUGAGAUCACUUGAGCUAUCAUUUAUAUGCUAGGUUGCUAUGUCUCAUCCCUUGAGUUAUACACUUGUUUUGACAACUUGUAAAAUUCUUGUGCUAAAAAUUGAAAAUCAAGCUAAGUGAAAAGAAAAGAUCGAGAUGGGUCUGUGCUGUCCUACGUCAAGGUAUCGAGACUGCUUCCAAUUGCACUUAUGGAUGAACUUGAGCCUUGUAGUGGAUGCCGAGAUCAUUGUCUUAAGCUUGCGAUUGUCUUUGACAUAGGCUUGGCAUGGUCGAUAAGUUGGUUUGAUGGUACAGAUAACCUCUCGCACUCACACAUGUUUUUGACUAAACCUUGUGAUAUGCUGCAAACUCCGAUAAAAUGAAAAUUUGAUGAAAACGCAAGUCUAAAGUUAGUCUUUGACAUGAUGUAUGAACGCUGCUUGGGGUAGUUCACCUUGUAUACACUUGUUAGCACUAGGUUGAUUUCCUGCUUAUACCUGCUAUGUGCUACUUUUAGUGGUGAACUCCUUCUUACAAUUGCUUAAAAUUGAUCAAAAAUGCUUAAAUGUCAUAUUUCGUUUCACUUGAUCAGUUUGAGCAUUUGCUAGCACUUGUACUUAUUGCUAUACACACAUGACAGCACCACCUAGAGCAUCUUUUCAAUCUGAUUGCUAUACUCCUGAAGCUUUUGUAUAUGUGCAUUUCUUGCAUUCAUAGCAUGUUUUGAGGGGGAGUUGCACUCCUUUGGGCAAAUCUUGAUAAGUGCAUGUGUCAACAAGGGGGAGAAAGUUACACACAAAAAGAGAGACAUGCAUUCAUUUGAGAGAGAUUGCAUUUGCUCAGGGGGAGUUGCAAUUGAGUUGCUUUUGCUAGAUGUGUUGAGCCUUUGCCUCUUCUGGAGGGUCUAGUUGUUUUCUGGCUUUUCAAGUUUUGCUAGCGGUGUUGAGCCUGUUUGCCUCUUCUUGAGGGCUAGCUGUGUUUUACUUGGUUGUGUCGAGCCGUUGCCCAUGUCUUUGGGGACCAAGUUGUUGGCUUUGCUUUACUCAUUGUGAGUGACCCGUUUCGAGCUUACACUUGAGUUGGUUUUCUCUGGCUUUGUGUUGGUGUUGACAAUGCACUCAUUAAGGGGGAGAUUGCGAACACAUGGUUUUUACAUAACCAUUGUGGAGCACCCUUGUUGUGUGAUGAGCGAUUGUCAACAUGCCAAUAUUUUGGUGGGUUGUUGGUUCGGUGGUUCUACUGAUAUCCUGGCACAGGGUUAUGUGUCGAAACGGUGUCUCUUGGCUUCGUGAUGUGCAGGUGUGUCUGGAUGUGGUGGCAGUGGUCGGGUGAAGGUCAAGUAGGGCGUGCCGUGCUGACGGACCGGUUGUGGUGAAGGGCGGACGUGAGGCUUGGACUGACGGACCAGACGACCGGGUAGCCAGCUGCGGUGACUGACACUUGGGACAUCGAUAAGCGCAAGUGUACACGGCGGGGGACGCGUACGGGCUACGCUACUCGCGGCGGGUUCCGCGGGUUUGGGCCUCAAAACCCGGGUGGAGGUCCCGAUGCGGACGGACGACACGUGGCAGCAUCGGUGAGAUCGCUUCGGAGCGAGGCUACCGGUGAGGAGGUGCGGUGGCCGUCGGAUCAAGAAAACUCGAGUUGGACUAGAAUGCUCCUAGGGCUAGCUAGUUCGCUCCUAAGUAUCUAGGGACAAAUAGGGAAUGUAAAAUAGCCUCUAAAUAAGAGAGGGGCUGCCCCUAAGCCACAUAUCUCUCUCUAGAAUUUUUCUGGUUUUCCUCUCCCGUAGCCCUUCUCCUCCGGUAGGUUUUUUUUUCCUUUAGAGAUGGCCAUGAACUGAAUUUUUGGUGUUGAGGUAUUUAUGUUUUUAAGUUGGAAAUGGAGGCCCUAACCUCCCGUUAUCCUCUGGACUUUA